UUCGAUUUAUAUACAUAUUUUAACGCGCUGCACACCGAUUAAGUUAUUAUCAUAAUUAUUAAUAAAUCAUGUGAAGAAGUGAAUGUGUGUCUCUUCAUAUCAUUUUUAAAGACAGUAUCAAGACAGUAGAAAUCGAAACCAGUAUUUUUCGCUACUGCAUUUCUCUAUAGUAUAAAACGACGAUUAUGCUAAAAAAAAAAUAAAUCUGGAACAUCUGAUUUUUAUAGACUAUUAAAAAAAACAACAUAUCGAAUCAAGUUCUAAGAAGUGCUAUUAAAAUGAUAAGAAAUUCAUCAACAAUGCAAGCGCCGUCGAAACGAAUGUAGGUGAACUAUUUUUAAAUAAAAAAAAUAAAAAAAAUAAAUAAAUAAAAGUUGAAUUAAAAAAAAAAUAAACAAAUAAAAUGGUUGGUUGUGAUAGAUAAGAUUUAAAAAAAAAUAAAAAAUUAAAAAAAAAGUACUUAAAAAAAAUUUUAAAAAAAUCUUAAAAAAUUAAAAAGUGAUUAAAAUAAAAUUUAAAUUAAAAAUUUUUUACUUACUUGACCAAAAAAAAAUUAAAUUUGUGAAAAAUCAUGCCUUCAUAUAUGGACAGCAUGGAUCGCCUCAACGUUCCCACAAUCGUCAAAGGCAUGAAUUCGCCUCAGAGGAUAAAAAAGCCCAACGAAGAUCAUGGACUCGGUUAUCAAAAUACUUUGAUGUAUGGCCGCUAUACCAAAGAUUUAGGAGAAUAUGCAAAAGAGGAGGCAAAGCGACUUAAGCUACUUGAGCGUCGAAGAAAACAAGAAGAUAAGGAAAGAGACAAGGAGCUGUUAGGUAAACACACAAAUCGUCUUGUGAAAGCCCUCUCGGCGAUAUGGCGUCACACAUUUGCUCGUUUGGGCGAAGAUUGGGUAUUUUUAGCGUUAUUAGGCAUAAUUAUGGCACUUUUGUCAUACAUGAUGGACAAGGGGAUUUCAAUGUGCACAAAUGCGCGUGUCUGGUUGUACAGAGAUUUAACGUCGCAACCCGUGGCACAAUAUAUCGCGUGGGUUUCGUUGCCCGUGUCGCUGAUUUUGUUCUCGGCGGGUUUCGUGCAUCUUGUCGCGCCACAAAGUAUUGGCUCUGGCAUUCCAGAGAUGAAGACCAUCUUGCGUGGCGUUGCGCUGAAGGAAUAUCUCACGUUUAAGACGCUCGUUGCGAAAGUGAUCGGUUUGACAGCGACAUUAGGUGCUGGCAUGCCUUUAGGAAAAGAAGGUCCAUUUGUACAUAUAGCUAGUAUAGUUGCACAAUUAUUAAGUAAAUUAGUGACAUCAUUCCAAAGUAUUUAUGAAAAUGAGUCUCGUAACUCGGAAAUGCUCGCUGCGGCAUGCGCUGUGGGCGUUGGUGCGUGUUUCGCUGCCCCAAUUGGCGGCGUUUUGUUCUCCAUCGAGGUAACAACGACAUAUUUUGCCGUUCGCAACUAUUGGAGAGGCUUUUUUGCUGCCGUGUGCGGAGCGACGGUGUUUCGAUUGCUCGCUGUGUGGUUCCAAAAGGCAGAUACCGUGAAAGCUGUCUUUCUUACGAGCUAUGCGAUGGAUUUUCCCUUUGAUCCGCAGGAGUUGAUUGUGUUUGCGUUGAUGGGCGUCGUGUGUGGCUUUGGAGGUGCAUUUUAUGUUUGGACUCACAGGCAAUACGUUUUGUUCAUGCGUUCGAACAAGAAGAUGAACGCUUUUCUGCAGAAAAAUCGUUUCCUCUAUCCAGGCAUCGUAGCACUACUCGUAGCAACAGUUUCCUUCCCUUUGGGUUUAGGACAAUUUGUCGCCGGCGAAUUAGGCACUCACGAACAAGUUCAUCAACUUUUCAUGAAUUUCACGUGGACCCGAAGCACCUUAACCGUCGAACAAGCAACCAUCGUCUCGUAUUGGCGCUCCCCAUACACCGAUGUCUUCGUCAACUUAGUAAUUUACCUCCUUUUCACGUUCAUUUUCUCGAUAAUCGCAUCUACAAUUCCCGUUCCUUCGGGAAUUUUCAUCCCCGUGUUCAAAAUUGGCGCCGCUUUUGGGCGUCUCGUUGGCGAAGGCAUGCAUUUGUGGUUUCCGUAUGGCGUGCGAUACGGCGGGCAUAUUUCAACUGUCAUUCCGGGCGGAUAUGCCGUCGUUGGAGCAGCUGCUUUCAGCGGAGCUGUCACGCAUACCGUUUCUGUGGCAGUUAUUGUGUUUGAAAUGACGGGACAAAUUACGCAUAUCGUGCCUGUGAUGAUCGCGGUGCUCAUUUCAAAUGCGAUUGCGGCACUUUUGCAACCCUCGAUGUACGACAGUAUUAUCCUGAUCAAAAAAUUGCCGUAUUUACCCGACUUACUGCCAUCCGGAUCGGGCAUGUACAACAUUUACGUCGAAGAUUUCAUGGUGCGCGACGUCAAAUACAUCUGGAAGGGCAUUUCGUAUCAACGCUUGAAAGAAAUUUUGAAGGAAAAUAAGGGACUUCGAAGUUUGCCGCUCGUUGACAGUCCGGAAAAUAUGAUUUUACUUGGAUCUGUGCAACGAUACGAGCUGAUAAAGAUCAUCGACAGACAUAUUGGGCGCGAAAAACGCUUGGAAGUCGCUGCAAAAUGGAAAAAAGAGGCCGAAGAUCGUGCCCGCGAAGAACAAGAACGUCUCACACGCGAACAAGAAUCCGCAGAACGUCAACGUCGCCCAUCCCGUUUCGAAGUUUCGCCUGCUCCUGACAUCCUGAAGCUCCGACAAAUUGCCAACAAUGAAAUUUCCUCGCCGAAAAUUGAACCUUUAGUCCCGAAAAAGUCAAUUUUGAAGAAAACUAAUUCUUUUACCUUCAAAGGAUUCAAUCCCUUGGGAGCUCAUAGUCCCCUAAGUACGCCUUAUACGACAAUUACGGGCGCUUUUAGUACCGAACAUCGAAUUCGCUCCGCAUUUGAUGCCGUCUUCAAAAAAUCCGAAAAAUUGCAAGACGUCAACCCGUCAGAUCCGCACGAUAUUGGAUCGUCGUGUGCGGGCAGCAUGAAUACGGGCAUUGAUUCGCUCUCGCAUGCCCCGGGGAUUUCGAAAAAAGUUCAGUUGCCGCGUGAGAGAGUUUGCGACAUGUCUAUUGAGGAUCAAAAGGCGUGGGAAAUUGAGGAAAUGUCGAAACCUGUUGAUCUAAGUGAGGUAGGAGUGCAUAUUGAUCCGGCGCCAUUCCAGUUGGUCGAGCGUACCUCCAUACUGAAGGUACAUUCGCUCUUCUCGAUGGUGGGCAUCAAUCACGCCUAUGUAACGUAUGUCGGCAGGCUCGUUGGCGUCGUUGCACUGAAAGAGCUUCGUCAAGCGAUCGAAGACGUCAACAGUGGCAAAUUGCAACCAGCUGACAACAACAACGACACAAUAACGCCCGUCACGCCAAUUUCGCCCGUGUGCGAACCCUUGCUGAGGCAUCACAGCGAUCACAAAGUAAAUGCAACCGUAACAUCACUCGAUUCAGCAUUAUCUAAUUCUGAGAAUUGCUCCGACAUUGAACUUGACAGCAUAAACAUUAGACGCUAGCAAAGUGCAAUUCGAACAAUUUUCUCGUAGAUCAAUUUUGACCUCUUUGUAGUUAGAAAAAUCUCCUUUUUUCGCUGAAAACUUGUAUUUAUAUGUUAGAAAUUUCUUUUAAGAACUCUUGAAUCCUUCAAAUCCUCUGAAAUUUCAGGCAAGGUGGUUGUUAAAGGUGCAUGCGACGUUGAAUUUUCCCUUUUUCUGUAACUUUUUGUUGUAAACGGUAACGGUUUAUCGUAGAUUUUGGUCACAAUUGACACUGAAAAGAAAGAAAUUAACAUUUUUUUGUAUUUUUUGUUCAAAAUUUUAACAAUACAGAAUUUUGCCGUGUCGCCCAUCUCCAUUUUCAUUACGCCAGAUACGCCGCCAUCGCAACGAGCCUUCCGUUAUGGGGAACGAGCGUAAGUAAGCAACCAUCGAAAAAAUUUGUAAAUAAUAUUUUACCACUUUUGUGCCUAAAAAAUGUUGAAAUUUCGUUAUUUUUAGUAAAUUAUUAAAAAUAAAAAAUUAUUUUAAUAAAAUUAAAAGACAAUUUAAUAAAAAAAAAAUUAGGAAUCAAAAAAUUUAAUAAAUAAAAAUAGGACGGUGAUAAAUGUUCCUUUAAUUAAUUCAAAUUCAUAGAAAAAAUAAUUAAAUAUUUGUGAUUAUUUAAAAAAAAAGUUUUAAAAGGAGUAAAGAACUUUUAUGCUCAAAUUGUUUGUAAAACAAGCUUUAAUCGAAUAUUUAGUAAAUGUUAUUAAUUAAUUAAUUAACUAUUUUAUUAGCCGUUAUCUAUGGUUCAGAGUCUGAACGAACAAUUAUUAGGAAG